AUGACCAGACCAGCUGAGCACGCACCAGCUAUAGCAGAGUGGAUUAUGUAUUGCAGUAGUGGUGGUGACGGGUACAGUGGUCGUCAAAAGCCUGACGUCCCUGGACGAGCCUCACGGUCACGGACGGGCCUUGAGGAACGGACCGUCAGCGAUGGGACUGGGAUCUGA